AUGGGUAUCCCUAUGUGGCGUGAGCCCUCCAAGACCGAUGCAUCCAAGUCUGCUUUGGAAAAGGACGCGUCUGCAGCUGCACGUUCCUCGAUUCGCCGGGGACUGUCCCGGCACAGUAGCUCCCGAGCCCGCCGUUCAGAUAUCCUGGCUUCUUUUCAUUCACAGAUCAUUGAUGAACUCCGACGCGGCGCCGUGGAACCCAGACGCGUACCGCGCUUCACUUUCAUACCGCCGAACGGAACUGCCGACAGUACGGUUACUCUGGAACAGGCCGAACGUGAAGCCCUCAACUGGGCUCAGUCACGCGCCGCCAGUGCACCCCGACAGACCGACCGACAGACAGAGCGACAGACAGAGACAGUCAACCGGCGAUUCAGAAAUUAUCGUGAUCAAGCCUUGACUGAUCUUCUCGGUCGCAUCGACGCCCAGCCCAGAAAUUCUCAUGCGAAUCCUUCAUUGACUCCCAACUUCGCUCCCGCGCUCUACCGCACCAGUGCUACUUCAACCCCCUCGGACAGUGGCGUUCGUCUCCCCCCUAUGCGUGACCGAUACAACAGUGAUAAUACUUCCAACACCUCAUUCCAACCAGAGACACUUGAUUACCGGUCCCAGAACACACAAGCCCGAACAAACCGAGACCCCGUUGUAGACGGGCUUGGGGAUCGCCAGCGCAGUCCCAGUCCAGACGGAGAGCGAGAAACCGAUGCGUGGGAGACUUUGCUCUCAACCAUUACACCUGAUGCGACUCUACCAUCGACUGAUACUUCUUUCGCCUCAACCUCUGCCGCUGGUCCGGAUAUUUCGCGCAAUGCUCGUCCUCGGAGCUCUAUCAUCCCGACACAGGUAUUGACGGCGGAAGCUGCCCGUGCUCAAUUCGGACUCGACCCCUUUCCUGACCACCUCAACCCUUGCGACUUCUCUUCCUCCGAUGACGAGGACCCUUCCUCUAGUUUCCAAGAAUUUAUGGGGCCGGCAGGCAUCACUAUUUCUUCUCGGCGCCAUCCCAAUCAACAUUCGACCAUGAGCAACCAUCCUCCCAUUUCUAUCCCUGCAAUCAUUCCCGCCAGCGUUCUUGCUCUCUCUGACGGGCGCCACCGAAAUGCACUCUCUGACCGCCACCAAAAUGAUGACCUUCACCAUAUGCAGGUUAUCCUGGAUCGACUUGCCCGCCGUGAAGAUAUUCCCGACGAUUGGUGGGCUGCAGCUGGCCUUGCGCGCACUCUCGAUCGUGGUCUUAAUGCGAGCAUGGACUCUACCGACACGGAUGGCGCUUCUCGAACCAACGACAAUUGA